AUGCACGCACGCGGUCAGAUGUCAUGCGGUGUUUACGUGCAGCGUCGAAAUUGGGGUUUCGAGAUUCGUGAUGUGAGAGCUACUUGUUCACGCAAAAGAGAGCCGCGAGCUUGGGAAGAAGCCAGCGUCAGAUUUAUGGACGGGAAGUCCCUCUUCUCAGCCCGAUUUGAAGGCAACGACUUCCGUGACAAAUACUUCGGGAGAUACACACUCUCCCUGAUUUUGGCCUCGACCCAUCUUCAGCUGCUAGAAUCUCCAUGGCUGCCAACCUCGCCCAAAAGAAAUGAUAUCCUCUUUCACGAUGCCACUGAAGAGGGGGCUCCCAUAAGACUGGACGACCCCCAUAUCAGUCAACGUAUGACGGGCUUCAUUACAGAUAACGACCCCACAUCUACGGGCAAGCAUUCCCGUCAUGUCGCCCUCGAGCAUUUGGGCAUCAUGCUGUUGGAGCUUUGCUUUGGUCAGACCAUAGAUGACCAGCCAUGGAGAAAGGCACUGCCGGCCGGUGGGAACGACACGGAGAAGACAUGCUACGAUAUAUUAGCAGCUCGCGAAUGGUUGGGUCAUGUGAACGAUGAAGCAGGCCCUGCUUAUGCCGACGCCGUCUCAUGGUGCCUCCUCGGCAAUCGAUCUGUCAAGCUCGAUCUAAGUCUCACGGGCAAAUACAUACGAGAGGAUUUAGGUUUCAAUGAGAUGUGUACGUGUAACUACGACGGCGAUGCAGAUAGUCUUUAUUGA